AUGUCGCAUUCAGGACGGCCUUUGCCAACUCAACCGCCAUAUCAGGGCUACAGUACCGGUAACAUGGCGCAAACACAGCAUCCGCCGUCCUUACCACGUGCCAACUUCGCAGGACGACCGGAACAACGACGUCCAGGACCACAGCUACCUCCAAUACAGUCGGUGCCAGCGAACUUUGCCUCGUAUGACAAUGGUAGACCAAUGCAACUUCCACCAAUGCAGGUGCCGCGGGCCGGAGCGAUCUCGUCACCCAGUACCGCAUCGAUACGUUCAAUACCAGUCGCCCAGCUACUGUCGACCGAUCCACCGUCACCACCGAGGUCACAUCCUCUUGCACAAGCUACUCAUGAAACGUAUCAGCCAUCGCCACCAAGGGCUCACAUGAGAUCCCCUCUUGCAGGCUUUCCACCGCAGCACCAUCACUCCUACCCACAAGCACCAUACCACCGCCACGAGCACAGCAUAGGCGCAAAUCGAGCACCAGCACCGUCAUACUCGACAGACCAAUUUCCUAGACGACAAUACACCCCGGCGCCAGGGCCACCACCCCACAGCUACCCUCAACGACCAUCCCAGCAGACCAGUCCUUCUCUGAGCGCUCACUCUUCCCCGAGCUACACCCACUCGGAAACCUCCCCUCGCUCCUCCAUUGGCCCCUCGACCACAACCUCUCUUACCCAACGUCCUCAAAUCUCCAAGCCUCCACCACAGUUCACUUACAACCUCUACAUUCGGCAACAGCCCGCUGCUGCCCGCGCCUGCGGUUUCGGCGAACGAGACCGCCGCGUGAUCGACCCACCACCAAUCUUGGAACUAAAGAUAAUGAACCGAGAAACAGGAGCUCCCGAGCAGGACCCCAAUGCCAUGUUAGCCUUGACAUGCUCGCUCCUCUCCCCGGACGGGAACGAUGACGAGACAGAGUUGCCGCCAGCGCAUCCCGAUAUGCCAUCCACACGUCGACUGAUGGGAACGCUCGUCGCAUCUCCUUACCAAGCCAAAGACGAGCGCGGAACCGCUGGGACGUUCUUCGUCUUCCCUGAUCUCUCCUGUCGAAGCCCGGGAAAGUAUCGCUUACGCUUCAAGCUCCUGCGUGUGGAUCCGACGAACACGACCCCAGGCUCCAUAAGUGGCAGCGUAGCGGGCAUUACGACCGAGGUCUUCAGCGUUUACACCGCGAAAGACUUCCCAGGAAUGCGGGCGAGUAGUGCACUCCUCAAAGCGUUGCGGCGGCAGGGCUUGAAUGUCGGCGUGAAGAAGGGGAGUGAGGCGAGGAAGGGAAAAGGCGGUGGGAAGGGCGCAGGAGGGGCGAAGAAGGAACAUGAUGGGAGUGAAAGUAGUAGUGAAGAGGAGGGUGAUGGUGGUGGUGGAGGUAGUGAUGGCGGAAUGCAUAGUAGCAGUGGGGAUGCGAGUCCGAAGACGAUGGCAAGGAAGAAGGGGAAGAGGAGGAAGAGGGACGAGUGA